AUGGUUCAAAAUGGAGGCACAUGUCUCUACAAAGAGGCGCGAUUGAACAUUGAACCCGCCUUUCCUGGCUCGACCAUCGUAUUUUCCAUUCCAACGUACGCUCCAUUCGGCACACGAGGCACCGUGAAGCGCAGCCUGAUUACAGAGCAUUAUGCGGAAAAGGACGAGGAGGCGUUCACGAGACGCCAUUUGGCCGCAGAUGGGUCGAUGUACUUCCGGCAACACCAUGCAUACCCACGAAGCUUCCUCUGGCGGGUGCUGGACAACCGAAAGAUGUUGGAGAUACAGUCGACUGACCUGGAUCACGACUUUACCGACAGGUUUGAAGCAAACUUGACACUCCUCUUCCAGUUCCCCGCCCCGAUUCGACCCUUUUGCGUGGCUUUCGCUGAGCCCACCGACCGAGAUGCAUUGACCGUCUUUGCAAUCACUACGUCCAACGAGCUCUACACAGUUACAUUGCACCGCGACUUCUUCGCCAACCCCGCAGCCUCAGAGCAGGACCCUGAAACCUGGUGCAAGAGGUUUGAGCCCGCGCUCUUUAGCGGGCGCAUACCCUACCGAUUAGUCGCCCAAAGCGCAGACGAGCUACUGGUAACACUCGACGAUGGAGCCGUUUGUCGCUUGAUUUGGGACAAGGUCAACAACACAUGGGAUGGAUCACGGUACCAACAAAGCAAUUGGUCAUUCGGUGGUCUUCUAUCAUGGAAAGCGCAGCCCACAGUCCGGUUCGAGAACGCGGAUCUUGCCAUAUCAGCCGCCGCUGCGGUCGCCAUAUCACCGGACAAGCAACACAUCCUCUCAGUAUGUCUGGACCACUCGAUAAGGGCGUGGAAUAUCGCGUCAGGCAAGCCAGGCGCCCACAUCGACCUUUUGGGUACCGGUGAUCUCGCUCUGGAGAAGUCUCAAGCUUCGUAUUCCAUUGGACCGUCACAAUCAAUGCUCAUGGCUGUUGUCGACGUCCACGGUGGGAUAGGAGGCGCGGAAUAUCACGUCGUUACAUACUCUCCGAAGCAACAUCAAUUCAAGUUUUGGGGUGUGAGAGAUGCGGACGACCAGGAGCAUGGAUUCUACGACGCUGCACAGGACUCAGAACUUAUUCCGCCGAUUGAUGAACUCAUGAACACGACGGUAUGGACCCUAGAGGAAUUCCACAUCGUUCCAGGACCCGGGUGGAGGGGCUCGGAGAUCUGGAUACGCGCCAGGUCAGGACCGAGUAGUAAAGUCUACUCCCUCAAAUUCGACCUUACCGAUUUCGCCGACCAACGAACGCAGACUUGGAAGAGCGAUUGGGUGUCUGUCGACUCAGGCCCGUUGACCGUCGAGGCACUGAAGGUCAAUCCUGCGAACCCUAGCGAGCGAGAGUUGGAACCUGAUCAGGAUGUCUCCGAUCAGUGGAUCGACUUCCUAUUCUACCCCGGACGGUUCACGAUUGCAACACUGGAGACGUCGCUGCUCAUCUACAAGAGAGGUUCAGAGCGGGUACGGUUAAGCCGAUCGUCGAAUCGAGGUAGCUUGAAGGAGCGUCUGAGCGCCACUAUCGUCACCCUCGCUGUCGAACACAGUCCGCAAACAGAAGAUCUCGGCAAAGCCAUAACAGCAGAAUGGCAGGCAUACUGGAGCUUGGUGAAAGAUUUACACAAGCGGAGAGGGGAAUCGCUGUCACUCGUUUACGACCGGGCUACUGACAGGCCCUGGCUAGUGUUGAGCGACCACAUUUCUGCGAUAAGAAACUGCAGUGAGUCGGAAGUAACCACACUGAAUGCGGCUGCCAUCUCAAGUUCGCGUAUGCUGAGCAAACCUCUACGUCAAACCCUCGAUACCUCAGAAUCUCGCGACGUGGCACGUCUACUGAAUGCCGCAGCUUCCUUCCGCCAACGGCUACCAUCCUUCGUCCAACAGCAAAUUCAACGUCACAUGGAGAUGGACCUACUCCAAAGCCGGAACAUGACAAUUUUAGAUCGCAUGGAAUGGAUCGAGGCCAACAGCGAGCUUUCACAACAUGUGACUGACGAGGACGUCACGGUUCUUGUUGAAGAGCUCGGUAUGGAAGUGAAGGAUCUCGGCACCGAAACGUUCCUCCGAGCCAUUAGGAAGUUGGACUAUGAACACGACGGCAGGCCUCAGUCGAGAAAGCAAAUCGCAAGGUACGGACUGAGUGCGCUAUCUUCCGUGUCCAAGGAGACCCUUGAGAAUGACCACAACGCUUUGUUGGAUCUGCUUGUCCUAUUGCUGUUCAUGUUUGUCGAGCUAGAGGGAGAGACGCAUAAUGAGUGGGAUGCGUCUGAAGUCUUUGCAGAACUCUUGCUUCGAUACAAGGACUGCAUGGUGGUGUCUUGGUUAGCUCGCACAGUGUGGGCUCAUCAAAGUAUGACGGGCGAAGCAUCAGAACAUUUGAACCGCAUGUUAAGCGAGACGUUCAAGACUGGCAAGAAGCUUCCAUUUACACAAACAGUACUUGAGGGUGUUUACGGUUUCCGUGCCUUUGAGGUAUUGCUGCCAAAAGACAUGAAGGCAGGUCUACUCACCCACUGGAGUCGCGGUUGGCUAUCGUUCAUUUUUAAGGAACAUGACUUUGAAAACGUCGUAGAGGACAUAAUGGGAUAUCUCUUAGCACAGCAAGAGUACAACCUCGCUAUGGACUUUUCCAAAUUCCUGCCAGAAGGUCAUUGGGCCUCCUAUCUCAAAGGGCGCAUGUACCUUGCACUGGGCGACAAUGCGCUGGCAUCUGUGUGCUUCCAGAAGCCUGCAUACACCAUGGCUCUUGGUCCAAUGUUCGACGUUGCGGAAGAAGACACGGCAGGCCUUGUAUCAGAAGUCGAGCGGAACUCGUUCUCUGAAGGCCUAGCACACUACUACAGUCACGUCAUCGGUUUAUUCGAAAAAGCCAGGGCAUACUCCUAUGUUGCCGACUUUGCCAAACUCGGCCUACGAUCUCUGAUGGGCCAGGAAGGUGAGGAACUGAAAACCGACCUCCUCCAACGACUCUUCACCGCUUCGAUACAAACAUCCAGAUUCCACGAUGCGUACUCCGCGUUGAUCAGGCAUAGCGAUGCAGCCUUGAAACUUUCCGAUCUCCAGACCCUCAUCGCAACCAUGGUCACCCAAUCGCAAACUACUGCCCUCCUUAAAUUCCCCUUCGUCGGUUUAACAGACUCGGUCGACAACAUCCUCACCUGUCUCUGCCAAAAGACUCUCAACCUUGCGUCCGGACCCCCGUACCAUCAAAUUCUCUACUCCUUCCGCAUCUCUCGCAACAACUUCCGCGGCGCAGCAUCGAUCCUUCACGAACGCUUACAGCGCCUUAAAUCCACCUCGUCCAAGAUCCACGAUCCCGCAGAUGAAUCUCUAACGCAGUGCUACCUCAUGAUCAUCAACACGCUAUCAGCGGUCAGCAAAGAAGACGCCUACAUCCUGGCUGAGCAGCGUAUAGAAGGCGGUGGAAUUGGCGGACCACCACAGUGGGGUAUCGGCCAGGGGAAGAAAUUGCUUAAGAGGCAGAUCAUCACACUAGAUACACUGAGGAAGGAGUAUCAGACGGAGCUUGACCGGAUUGCGGCAAUUGAGAGUGGACAGUUUCCUUUUGUGGAUCCUGCGGAUGAUAUGGAUAUUUUGUAG